GAAAUCACAUGGGAUUUGCCAUGUUCCAAUGGAUUAAUUAUUACUGACAUUGGGCGGAGUUCUUGAAAUUAACUGGAGCUCGGCGCAAUUGGAUACCUUCAAGCAGCAACAUGGGAUACGCCAAUGGUGUUGCGGGUACUCUCUACGAGCUCCUCAAUUUGAUCCAAGCAGCUCCACUUCCUUUGUUAAUCCUCCUUCUCGUGACUUUGACUGUUGGAGGUGCUUCCUUUCUCUACGUUGCUAUCUUGAUAGUCGCUCCCACGCCUCGACCGCCUCGUCGAUCUGAGAAGACAUAUAGGACUAUCUUGCCGGACGGAAGUACCAGCUCUCCCAAGCAAUUGCCAUGCUGGAAAGAUCAAUACGAUGCGCAGAAAGAGGCGGCGCAUAAAAAAGGGGACUUUUCUGAAGAAAAUGUAGAGCUCGAGGCCCCUGAGAUUUUCAUGUCUGUCGUUGUUCCGGCAUUCAAUGAAGAAGAACGCUUGGCUAUUAUGCUUGAGGAAGCCGUGGUUUAUCUCAAAUCGACGUAUCAUGGUGCAAACAAGAGCAACGGCGAGUUGGAGCCUGAGCGAAGAGAAGUAACAAAUACCGCCGCCCGCCACGCACAAUCGAAAAAUACUCCACCUAACAGAGCGAUCCCGAAGCCUUUCCACGGAUGGGAAAUACUUGUUGUUUCGGACGGUUCGACGGAUAAGACUGUGGAGACGGCGCUCACAUUUGCGCGCAAUCAUCACCUCUCAGAAGUGCAGCAGCGAGGCGAUGAGACAGUCAUUAGCGCAAAAGAUUCUGCUACCGUGGAAGGGUCUAUUAGAGUUGUAUCACUAGAGGAGAACCGCGGAAAGGGUGGUGCUGUGACGCAUGGACUUCGGCAUGUACGAGGGUGUUAUGCAAUUUUCGCUGACGCGGACGGCGCGACUCAAUUUGAUGACCUUGGAAAGCUGGUCAAGGAGUGCCAAAAGGUCGAAGAUCCACAGGGUCGAGGCAUCGCGAUCGGCUCUCGAGCACACUUGGUUGGCAGCGAAGCUGUUGUCAAGCGCUCGUUUCUGCGGAAUUUUCUUAUGCAUUCAUUUCAUUUACUACUCCGUAUCCUUACUCCGCCUGCGACUGCAGCUAUCAGGGAUACACAGUGCGGCUUCAAACUAUUUUCUCGGGCUUCACUUCCAUACAUUAUACCCUAUAUGCACUCUGAAGGAUGGAUUUUUGACGUGGAGAUGCUUAUGCUUGCGGAGAGUGCUAACAUUCCAAUGGCCGAGGUAGCCGUAUGUUGGAAAGAAAUUAAGGGUAGUAAAUUAAACGUUAUCUGGGAUAGCUUGGGGAUGGCAUGGGGACUAGCUGUCCUCAGAGCCGCAUGGGGCGUUGGUGUUUAUAGACGGUCUUAGAUUAUCUUGUUUUGAACCAAAAUUCCAUCAUGCAUAUUAUUUUCUAAUCUCAGAUUACCCAAAUUGGACUUUCUGAAUUGGCUGGAGGAAGACAUCGGGUAGCUAUGGUGAGAGAUGGGAGUCAAAUAUCGACCAUGAGUUACCGCAUCGGAAUAGACUAUUCUAGGUGACUACAGUGGUGUAUAUACAGACGAUAUCGGGGG